AUCAUCAUUUUGUGACCAAAUUUGUUGAAAACACAUAUCAAAUUUUACUACUAUUUAGUUUCGAGAGAAACUACUAUUAAUAAAUGGUUUUCUUUAUGAUUAUCCCGGAUUUACAAAAAUAAAAUUAUACUUAUAAUUAACAGCAACAAACAAAAAAUCUUCAACUUUUAUAACUAUUAUUAUUAAGUGCUUAAUAACUAGUGAGAGAAUCAAUUGGUUUUAAAACUAAAUUAUUUUUUUGCAAAAGUUUUUUCUACGCCUAACAACAAAAAUUGUGUACAGAUCAAAAGAUUAUAUUGAAUUGAAUAUUUUGAAUAUAAUUACAGUCAAGUGAUGGGUAAUAGUUUGGAUAAACCAAAGACAGAUAAGGACAGUCAAGAGGGCGAUGGCAAUGGGCUCAGGUAUGCUCUGAGUUCAAUGCAGGGAUGGCGGCUUAAAAUGGAAGACCGACACUGUAUACGUAUAGGUCUGGAUCAGCUUAAGGACUGGAGUUUCUUUGCCGUAUUUGAUGGUCACGCGGGUGUGCACGUGGCCGCUCAUUGUGCCGAAAAUUUAUUGAAUACAAUCAUUAAAACUGAAAAAUUUAGUAAUCAUAUGAUUGAAUUAAAUAACGAUAAAAUCACUGAACAAACCAUUGAUUUUGUAAAGAAAGCCAUUGAGGAUGGAUUCUUGGAGUUAGACAAACAAAUGCAAAAUAUGCCCGAUAUUACGUCCGGUGAAGAUAAGAGUGGUACGACUGCUAUCUGUGCGCUCAUAUCGAAAACACAUAUAUUUUUGGCCAAUUUGGGUGACUCGCGGGCACUGUUAUGCCGUGCGGGUAACGUUCAGUUUGUUACCGUAGAUCAUAAACCAAAUGAUCCUUUAGAGAGACAACGUAUUCAAGAAGCCGGCGGUAAUGUCAUGAUAUCGAGAGUCAAUGGCUCGCUAGCCGUCUCCCGAGCUUUGGGUGAUUAUGAAUAUAAAAAUUCAAAUAAAAAGCCAUCCGAACAGUUAGUUUCACCCAUACCUGAAGUGAGCGUCACUAAGAUUGAUAUAAAUGAUGAGUUCCUUGUGCUGGCCUGUGAUGGCGUCUGGGAUGUCAUGACAAACGAAGAUUUGUGUGCUUUUGUCAGAUAUCAGAUGACAAUUGAGUCCAGUUUGAAGACUAUUUGUUCCAAUAUUAUCGAUACCUGUCUCCACAAAGGUAGCAAAGAUAACAUGAGUGUAGUUGUAGUUGCAUUUGCCGGCGCACCCACUGUUGACGCCAAUGCCCAACAACUAGAUAAGCAACUUAACAGUCAAUUAGUAGCGAAAGCAGAAGAAAUAAUGAAAGAAAAACCAAACCAUAGUUUUCAAAAUCUUAUUGAAGAUAUAAAACAAAUUCAAUGGUCACCACUACCGGAUGGCGUCGGUCUUCACGCUAAGUAUACUAUUAUUGAAGAGAUUUAUAAUAAAUACAAACCAAUACAACCAAAAAUGUCAUCAUUGUCUUCAUUGUCUUCAUCACGAUCUCCGGAUUUUCAUAGUUUUGAUUAGAUUUUUUGAUAUCAGUCACUCACUUAUAAAUAAACUUAUUUCUUUCAUCAAUCAAUUGGCACUUAACUAUUAACUAUAAGGUCAAUAGAUACUAAAUACCCUAAAUUGCAUAUCGGAUUGGGAGGACUGACACCAACUACAAUAACACAAUAUGAUUUCCCCUUAAAAAAAAGUCACGAUAAACAUCAUUAAGUAAUUGUCUCCUAAUUUUUACAAAAAUAAUAAGGAAGUAAACUGCUUUCGGCUUAAUUUUGUUUUUGUUGUUAAUCUAUAGUAAUAAUAAUAAUAAUAAUAAUGAUUAAUUAUUUGUGUAUUUUAUAUAAUAAUUUCGACAUAAUUCUAUUAAAUUUGAA